AGAAUUCUUGCGCUUGUCAUAUAUUCAGAUUUUCAUCUACCCAACCAUAUCCGUUACGAAAACGAAGCCUACAUAGGUUAUUUUUUAAUGUUGUGACUUUUGGCUUUUUUAUCCACAUUUAUGCCUAUAUCCAUUCAUAUUUUUACUGGUUAAUAAUAAAUAAACAUGGCGCAGAGAUUUCCUGUGCCAAACACGGGAAGCAAUGGCCCACCUCCGCAACGCUAUCCACCUCCGUCAGUACCUCCGAAUUUGCGUCAAUAUUCGGGACCAAAUUUUCCGAUGCAACAAAGAAGUAGUUUUACACCGCCUCCACAAAUGUCAAAUGCAGUUUCCGGACCUGGUGGUAUAAUGAGGGGAAAUCCACCAUAUUCAGGAAUGCGCCAAGCACCAAUACCAAAUCCUCCAGGAGGAAAGAGAAGUAACGAUCAGCGCAUUCCAAUGUCCCAACAAAAACCGUAUUUUUGGAACAGUGAUUUUUCACAUUCCACUUCAAAGAAGAAGAAAAAAUUGGCAGACAAGAUUCUACCGCAAAAAGUACGUGAUUUGGUGCCAGAAUCACAGGCGUACAUGGAUUUACUUGCAUUUGAACGUAAAUUGGACGCGACAAUAAUGCGAAAGCGUCUUGAUAUUCAGGAGGCUUUAAAACGUCCAAUGAAGCAAAAACGUAAGCUUAGAAUAUUCAUUUCGAACACUUUUUAUCCGGCCAAGGAACCUGGUGAAGGCGAGGAGGGCUGUGUAGCCUCCUGGGAACUUAGAGUCGAAGGAAGACUAUUGGACGACAGUAAAAACGAUCCCAACAAGGUGAAAAGAAAAUUUUCGUCCUUCUUCAAAAGCCUAGUUAUCGAACUAGAUAAGGAUUUGUACGGUCCUGACAAUCAUCUAGUUGAAUGGCAUCGCACAUUAACAACUCAAGAAACAGACGGUUUCCAAGUAAAGCGACCAGGAGAUAAAAAUGUCCGAUGCACUAUUCUUUUACUACUUGACUAUCAGCCCUUGCAGUUCAAGUUAGAUCCACGUCUAGCGCGAUUACUUGGAGUUCACACGCAAACACGUCCUGUUAUUAUUUCCGCUUUGUGGCAAUAUAUUAAGACACACAAACUUCAGGAUAGUCACGAAAGGGAAUUUAUCAAUUGCGAUAAAUAUUUGGAGCAAAUCUUUGCUUGUCCUCGAAUGAAAUUUGCCGAAAUUCCGUCACGUUUAAAUCCACUACUUCAUCCACCGGAUCCUAUAGUCAUCAAUCACGUAAUUAGUGUGGAAGGAACAGAAACGAAACAAACUGCAUGCUACGACAUUGACGUGGAAGUCGAUGAUACAUUAAAAACUCAAAUGAACAACUUUCUACUAUCAACUGCGAGUCAACAGGAAAUUCAAAGUUUGGAUAAUAAAAUUCACGAGACAGUUGACACAAUAACUCAAUUAAAAACUAAUCGUGAAUUUUUCCUAAGUUUCGCAAAAGAUCCACAACAAUUUAUCAAUAAAUGGAUAAUAUCGCAGACAAGAGACUUAAAAACAAUGACGGAUGUUGUUGGUAAUCCGGAAGAAGAAAGGAGAGCUGAAUUCUAUUAUCAACCUUGGGCUCAAGAAGCUGUUUGUCGAUAUUUCUACACAAAAGUACAACAAAAACGAGCGGAACUUGAACAGGCACUUGGUAUAAGAAAUUCAUAAAUACUGAAAUAACAACGAAAUGUCAACAGUAUUUUCUACUGGCAUUCAUUGAUUUACAUAAAAAUUUUCCAAAGGAUGGAAAUCAUUUUGCGUUUUAUUUUUCAAGAUAAAUGUGUCAGCUGAAAAUAUUUAUUUAGCUAUUUUCUAAUUGAAUUGAAUGAAAUAAUAAUCUGAUUGAAUAAAAAAAAAUUGAUGUGUGUCAGUAAUAAAAUUUACUAUAAUCUGCUACUGUGAACGAUCUUAUUCUAGAUUCUCGUAUUUUUUAAAGAAAUGUAAAAUAUAUAGGAAACUUUUUAAUUUUAUAAAAUGCAAGUUUUUCGCGUGUCAAGUAGUUAAUUUCAUUUCAUAAAAAAAUCAAUUUACUUCCUACAAUAAUUUUUUUUAUUUGAGGGGGAGAGAUUCUUGUUGAAACAAUUAUAGUGACAUUAAAAGAAAAACAAUUUUUUUUCCCACUAUAUUUUGUGAUAAAAGGAGACUUGAGAAAAAUGAAUUUGGUAACUGACGUUAUAAAAAAAAAUUCUUUGACUAUUAGAAUAAAUUAUAGAAAAUCUGACAGUUGAAUAAAAAUUUAAUUAUUCGAAAAUUUUAAUUCUACUUAAAUUAUGAUAAUUUUACAAUUACUCAAUAUUAUUUCGGAUUUUCUUUCAGUAGAAUAAAAGAAACAAUUCUGUACAAUUGUACAUGAAGUAAAAAAAUAUACGUUUAUGUCCAGUA